GUCGAAAACGUCCAAAAAAACACCUUACAAAUGAGCAAAAGGAGAAAUUGAUUGAAUUACUCCGAGAACACCCGCAAAUUCGCCAGGGAAAAUUCACGCCGGCAUAUAACCGUGCCCAGUCCUAGGCGUUAUGGACUGAAAUGGCAAACAAAUUAAAUGCGUUGCCUAAUGGAGUUAGUAAAGACUGGGUGCAAUGGCGAAAAACAUGGAUUGAUAUAAAAAAAGUUCAAAGUCGAGACUAGCACAUAGGAAAAAAGAUCACUCUGAUACAGGGGGCGGUCUACCUCCAAUGCAUGAUUAUGUCGAAGACAAGAUUAUGGAACUAAUUACUCCAGUUUGUGUCACUGGAAAUGAGAAUGUUCCAGACCCAUUUGUGUUGGAAGAAAUGCCUCAUAGGCUGGAUUAUGACUACUGUGGUAAUUUGGAAGAAGACACAGAUAUGGCAAUUGAAGUUGGACAGCUACAAAUUUAGAAUCCUUAAAU